GCUUUACGGCGUGGUAAAGUCGUUCAGGAGGAUAAAGAUUAUGCCAUUCAAUGCAUCGACAAGACCAACCAGCUGGCCUCUAAGGACAAUCGCGUCGACAAUCUUCUGCUCACUCUUGGUGACGGCACGCAUGUUAUUUUCAAGCUUUAA